AUGUUCUACAUCGUGAUCAAUGAGGUCAACAGCGAUGACUGGGCCAACGCGGGCACCACGACGACCACGACGGCCACCACGAACUUCACGACCACCGCGGCCACCACGGACGGUGCGUCCUCCCCGAAUGCUGCGAUUGACAAUCCGUCGCACCUUUGGGGCCAUACCACGAAGUCGACGACCGAACUUGAACGCCACGGCGAGCAAAUGGACGCAGAUCCCAGACCGAUACCAGUAGCCGUAGUUGCAUUGAAUGUUCGUCAGGUUGACACGCCACCCGUUGGUGGGCUGGUCAUUGUACUCGAGUCGCUGGACGUGUCGAGUAAUGUACUGGUACCCAAAAUCAUUGACAGGGACAAUGGGUCCAUCUGGGAUGACGACAUCACCGUUCGCAUUUACGUGAUGUCGUACGUUCCAAAUAUUCGGACCAUCCUCGAUUGCCUCGUUGAAAUCGAGCGCAUUCUUCCGUUGGGGUUGUUUGAAGUGUUGGAGGAGGCGUCCACCAACCCGAGGGGUGGUCCAGAAUGGGGUGGCCUUGUCUGA